CGUUCAACUGUGUCUUUAAGAAAUACCCGGAAGAAAGAAGAAUGCGCGCGCGCUUUGACGAGGAAGAAAACGCGCGUGUCUCGUACAGAUGCUAAACAGAUACGAGAGUAAACAACGUAAACAUCAGAGAUACAGGUUCCAGGUUUCUUUCCCCUUAUCUCCAGCAUAUCAAUUGUGAAGAAACCAUCAGAAAUGGCGGCAGAACGGUGCAUCAAAAUGCUUCCAGUUCGAGGUGACGUGCUGGUUUUCCAGUGCAAGAGUUUGAGCUCAAAAACUCGAGAUCAUCGACGAGGCUCAGAGGUCUCGUUCUGCAGUUUAUCCUUCGACAGGAACUCCCAGAAGUUCUCUGUUAAAGAUCACAGCAUGAACCCAGUGCACAAGGACAGCUUGGCUGAAACAGACAUCAUUCACUGUUGCUCUGCCGUGGAUGUUCAACAGAGGCAAAAAGUGCCGUGUGUUUUGCUGCGACUGUGCAAGAAAAGGACCUCAGGGUUUAAAUACAUGCUUUACUCCAUAAGCAGUCCCACCGAUGGAAAACUUCAUGUCGAAUUUGUAUUACUGUAUGAGAUGAGAGAUAAUAUUGCAAUAUUGCAAGGCCCCACAUUGGUGUGGUGUCAUGAAAACACCGUCUUCUACGCAUCCUCACAGACUGGUGGUGUGAAAGAGCUUCCGAUUCCCGUGACUGUAAUAUUUAUUGGCGAACUGCCUCUUCGUCAAAGAAACCUAGUGGUUCUAGGGGCCCAAAAUGCCACGGGCCUGAGUGAACAGUUCAGUGUCACAGAAGUAAACAACAUACUUUACUUCAUGGAGGAUGGGAGAACGUUGAACGGUGCAUGUCUGGUGCCGAAUGCGUACAGCUCUGUUAUCAGAUGUAUGAUUGUUCUCUCUGCUGAAGAGUACAAUGGGUCUUUGAGAUCAUCUGUACUGGCGGCCACAAGCAUGAAACAGCUGGUUUAUUUUGAGAACGGACUUCCUCACGAUGUUUGUCCUCUGCCGUAUGAGCAACCUCUGAAAAUUCAGAUGCUUCAUACUCCGAGAAAUGACUGUCUCAUUGUUAUUACCUUCAAUGAGGGUAAUAUUUGUUCUGUGUGGAAAAACACUUUCCAGGUGGCGUGUUGUUGGUCAGGUGUGCGUCUGCUCCUCAUUGAUGACUUCCUGGGAUGCGGGAGCGAUCAGAUACUGUUGGUGUUUGAAGAGCAGAGUUCUUCAGGAGAGCUACUAAGCAACUUUCUCCUCACGGAUCUGUGUGGCAUCACUUACUCUUGUGGAAGAGACGGUGAGGUCCUGAAUGCAUCAGACACGGCUCAGGAAAACCAUCUUCUCAUGGUGCAAGCCUUAGAAUCCAGACUGCAGAGUGGCCUGAACGUCCUGGAGGAGCUUCAGGGAGACGUGUAUGUGAAGGACAGAGUCUUACAGCAGUCUGUACUGGCUUUAACUGACCUGAUAUCAGGCAGAACACACGUGAUAUCUGCUCCAGAACAGGAGGGUCUUGUGUCUCUGUGGGAUGACGAUGACGAUGAUGAUGAUGAUGGAGCGGUUGACGUCUGGGAUGAUCAGAUGCACACUGAAUGUGCUGAAGCACUUGUGAAGGUGGAUAGAGUUUGGCAGAGAGUCCUCGGGCAGAGUUUGGUGUUUGGUGCCAUUCUCACAACAACAAAUAACAUGUCUGUAGAGAAUAUAAGUGGUUCAAUCAUAGCGGAAAACUGUCAUAGUGGAUCCGCUUAUGUUGCUGUGAAUAGCAGGAGUAAAACCCUUCAGUACCACACAUCAGAUACAACUAUCAGUCAUGACCCGUUUGCGGCAAAGAAGAUCAGACAGGCUGAUUGUCCAGGUGAUGAGAUCAUGCCAACACUUGCCCUGCUCACCGUCACCGAUUUGACCCCUAUAUUGACCUCUGGCAGCGUCAAAUGCUCCCUCAUGCUCCAUUACAGCAGCAAACAACCACUCGGACCUUCUUCUAAACAAUGUGGUCGAGUUUCUCAACACUGCGGGAAAAUCUCACUGGAUAUAAAAGAUGUUUCACUGGGAAAGUUUCAGCCCCGACUGUUAAAAGACUCCAAACUCAACACAGAAGAGGCGAGAGAAGAUCUGCUCAGUCUGAUGGCGGUGUUGGACGUGUGGUUUUUCCUCAUUGAGAGCUCCGAUCACACACUGACAGAUGUGCAGCGCUGGUUGCAGGAGUUCCUGCUCGCUGAGCGGCUGGAGGUCGAGCCGCAGUAUUCUGCAUGCUUAUCUACCGCCAUGCUCUUUCACUGGCAGCAGAACACACCUUUUCAGGGAGUGUUGACAGUCCACUGCAGAGACGAGCUGCAGUUGCUGCAGUUCCUGCAUUCGCUCUGUGACUUCCUGCCUGUGUCGCAUCACAUACAGCUGCUCAAGACCCCCAGGGCACGCCGAGACGCCUGGGCUCUCGCUCAAACUCUGGAGACAGAGAUACAGACUGUAACACAGGAGGUGUCGUCUGUACUGCAGUGUGACGAAGGAGAAAUAAAGAGAGAAGAAACAUCAGCAGCCUCCUCAGAGCAGCUCCAGAGACUGAGAGACGAGUGGCAGAGAGAAAGAGACCGGUACAAUAAGAGACUGCGACCUCUGGUGGACGCCACGCGCUAUAGCACACUCGUGGAGCGCUUGAUUCACACACAACUGCGCAGUGAUGAAGUCGCGCUUAUGGAAGCACAGGCGGAUUUAUCUCAAGUUCAAGGAAUAGUUCAUCCAUAAAUGAAAAUUCUGUCAUUGUUUUCUCACUCCCGUGUCGUUCUAAACCGAUAUGGCUUUCUUACAGCUGUGAAACACAAAGGAGAUGUUAGGCAGAAUGUCCGAGCAGAUCUUUUCCAUAUAGAAAUAGUGUAUUCAAUAUUGGUUGUAAAUAUUUACUUUCAAGCUCCAAAAAGGACACAAAAGCACCAUAAAAGUAGUCUAUAUGACUCGAGCACUUUAUUCCAAGUCUUCUGAAGCCGUACGAUAGCGCUCUUGAGCCUCAUUUGCAUCUCAUUAAAUGUCGUAUCACAGUCAGUCGUUGUUUAAAUUAAUAUUUCGGGUUCAACACAAGUUAAGCUCAGUCGGUAGUAUUUGUGGCAUAAUAUUGAUUCCUUUAAUGGAAGCACAAGGAAGAUUUUCAGUGAUAAACAACUUACAUUUUUGUCUGUUCCUCACACAAAACUCUCAUAUGAUUUCAGAAGAUUUUGGAAUAUAGUGCACAGUCAAAUUUACUACUUUGUAUAAUACUUUAAGGGUUCUUUUAUGGUGUUUUUUGGGGUCCUUUUUUUUAGCUUGACAGCAGUGGUCACUAUAAACGGUUGUUGUAUGGUAAAGAACUGCGUAAACAAUCUUCAAAAUUUCUCCUUUGGUGUACCGUGGAAAAAUAACAGCAUAUGAGUUUCAAAUGACAUGAGGCUGAAUAAAUAAUGGCACAAGUUUCAUUUCAGGGUGAGCAAAAUGAAUGUAAUAUAAUAAAAUAGUGCACGUUACAUUCAGCUUGCCGUCCACUCCGGGGAGUUUAUGAGGGUCGAGAUGUCUCACGGUGCUUCUACCUCUUUAGAUUGUCUUCACGCCUCUAAUAUCUCUGUGACAUUUCCACAGGAAACUCUUAAGCUGACCUCAGUCGCAAAACUGCUCAGCCAGUCACAUCUCGCCCUGCAGUUCAUCCUCAGGGAAACACAUGUGUUAUGUGUGAUCUCUACACACACUGACGGACAGCUCUCUGUGCAAGAGCGGAUUCAGGUCCUCUGGUACAGUGUUUUGGUUUUGUUACUGCUAAAACUGUACGGUUUGUACAUUAAAAAUGGCUAUUUGUAGAAAGCUUUUUGUUCACUAUGCAAUUCAACUGCGAAUAAAAAAAAAAGAU